CUGGCUCGCAUUUCCCCGCUGCCUCUCGGAUUGUGUGUGUGUGAGAGUGUGUGAGAGUGUGUGUGAGCGCCGGAGAGCUCUGGUGGGAUAUCCAGCGCAGCGGAGGGUCUCCCAGCAUCAGCGGGGAGGUGAUGUGACUCCGGGAUCUGGGCGAACUGGGAGUUUAUUCAGCUCUGGAGGAAAACUGGUUUCCAGUCUGCUGCUUACUGGGACUCGUACUGAAGCCUGACUGGGUCUAGACUGUGAUACUGGAACGAUCACUGGGAACUGUGGAAAGGAAUCGAGGAAUCGAGUGAGUCGUUAAUGAUGUCCUGUUCAUGAAAGAAUCCUUGAGAUAAAUAUUUUUUUAAAUCGAUUUAAUCGAACUUUUUGGUUUUGGAUACAGGAUAUUCGAAUCAUUUAACGUUAUUGAAUCACAAGCAUCUAUAGUAAGGAAAUGACUCUUUGAAUCAAUGAAUCGUUGACUCGAAUAUUCGAUUAGUUGACACAUAUUCGAUUCAGUAAACUGAAUCUUUUCAUCACUAAGCUUCAGUUAAAGAGCAGUUAAGCUGAAAUAAAUCAUGUCCAGCAGAAGUAUAGAGUGGGAGCAUUUCGAGGAGCGUGAGAAGCCCCGCCGGCCCUCGCGGGGCAGCGGAGGGUCCCAGGCCGUGGCCCGCGGGAACGGAUCAGUACCGAGUCCCGCGCACAGCGCGCACUGCAGCUUCUACCGCACGCGCACCCUGCAGUCCCUCACCACCGAGAAGAAGGCCCGGAAGGUGAGGUUCUACAGGAACGGGGACCGAUACUUUAAGGGCCUGGUGUACGCCGUGUCCGGGGACCGGUUCCGCUCUCUGGACGCUCUGCUCAUGGAGCUCACGCGCUCGCUGUCGGAUAACGUGAACCUGCCGCAGGGAGUCCGCUUCAUCUACACCGUAGACGGGGCCAGGAGGGUCACCAGCCUCGACGACUUACUGGAAGGUGAGAGCUAUGUCUGCGCCUCUAAUGAACCCUUCCGGAAAAUGGAGUACACCAAGAAUGUGAACCCGAACUGGUCUGUGAAUGUGAAGACGGGCACCUCGCGCUCUCUCUCCUCGCUGCCCACGCUGAAGAACGAGCUGAGAGAGAGGGAGAACAAGGACUUCAUCAAGCCCAAGCUGGUGACGGUCAUCCGCAGCGGCGUCAAACCGCGUAAAGCCGUCCGAAUCCUGCUCAACAAAAAGACGGCCCACUCCUUCGAACAGGUGCUGACCGACAUCACCGACGCCAUAAAGCUGGACUCGGGCGUGGUCAAGAGACUCUACACUCUGGAGGGAAAGCAGAUCACGUGUCUGCAGGAUUUCUUCGGAGAGGACGACGUGUUCAUCGCCUGUGGGCCGGAGAAGUUCCGCUACGCUCAGGAUGAUUUUGUGUUGGAUCACAGCGGUAAGGCUUCAGAAGCCUUUCUGACUGAGUGCCGUGUUCUGAAGUCUUCCUACGGCUCCCGAUCCAUGACUCCAGUGAGAGCUGGAGGCAGCAAGAGUCCAGGAUCAACACGACGCAGCAAAUCACCUGGAACAGUUAGAAGAAACCCUGGUCAUUUCUCCACCAGCAGCCAGUCUCCUGUCAAAUCUCCAGUAAAUGGAGUUCCCAGCUCUUGUCCGAUCUCCGCCCCCAAAUCCACCAAGUCCUCCAGCUCCUCCCCCACCAGUCCCCGCAGCAUGCACAACUUCAAGUUUAGUUGCAACAAGCGGAUGGGACGCCCCCUCCAUCUCUCUGUGCAGAUUCCUCCUCAUCACUCCUCCGCCUCCAACAUCAACGGAUCCUCAGAACCUCAACCUCAACCUCAUCAGCCUCUUCACCUCAAUAACAGCAGCCCUGAAGUUAAUGGCAAUAAAAACCUGACCUCCUCCUCCAUUCUGGAAAAGUACAAAGUGGGAAAGAUUAUCGGAGAUGGAAACUUUGCUGUGGUAAAGGACUGUGUUGAAAGGUCGACAGGAAAGGAGUUUGCGCUGAAGAUCAUCGAUAAGAAUAAAUGCCGUGGAAAAGAACACCUGAUCGAGAACGAGGUGGCCGUGCUGAGGCGGGUCAAGCAUCCCAACAUCAUCAUGCUGAUGGAAGAGGUGGAUACGCCCUCUGAGCUCUACCUGGUCAUGGAGUUAGUCAAGGGUGGAGACCUGUUCGAUUCCAUCACAUCUUCUACCAAAUAUACAGAGCGAGACGCCAGCGCCAUGGUGUACAACCUGGCUGGAGCUCUCAAAUACCUGCACAGGAUGAGCAUCGUCCACCGAGACAUCAAACCUGAAAACCUACUGGUGUGUGAGUAUCCUGACGGCACUAAAUCUCUGAAGCUGGGUGAUUUCGGAUUGGCCACUUUGGUGGAGGGCCCACUCUACACUGUGUGUGGAACCCCAACGUACGUCGCUCCGGAGAUCAUUGCAGAGUCCGGCUACGGGCUGAAAGUGGACAUCUGGGCGGCGGGGGUGAUCACCUACAUCCUGCUGUGUGGCUUCCCUCCUUUCCGCAGUGAGAAUAAUCAGCAGGAGGACCUGUUUGAUCAGAUCCUGCAGGGUCGUCUGGAUUUCCCCUCUCCAUACUGGGAGAACAUCUCACACUCCGCUAAGGAGCUGAUUGGCCGGAUGCUUCAAGUAAAUGUUGAGGCCAGAUACACAGCAGAAGAUGUACUGUGUCAUCCUUGGGUCACGGAGGACGCUGCGAUGGAGAACAACAUGAAGAUGGAGGUGACGGGGAAGCUGAAGAAGCACUUUACCUCUGUACAGAAGCAGGGAAACACCUCCGCUGGAGUGUCUGUUAUUAUGAGCACGGCUCUAGAUAAGGAGAACAUCCAGCUGUCCCGCCACGCCCAGGAGAACAGCACCGCCCCGCCCGCCAAAAGCCCCGCCCCACCCCAGCCAGAGGGGGAAGGAGGGAGGAGACGGAGACGUUCGGGACGGAGACGCUCAGCCAUGUCCGACGAUUCCAAAGCCUCCAGAGCCACCCCGGUUCAGCCUGCCACCUCCCCCCAGACCCCCGACACAGCCGGCCCCCUGCCCUCGCCCUCCUCCACCGCCCCGCCCAUCUCCUCCCAGUGCAUCGAGGAGACCGACGGCAUCCCGGGCUUCCAGCGGGAGGAGUAGCUCAGCAUCUUCACCCUGUCCUGUUACUCAAAAUCCACCUCUAUCAUCUUUCAGCUUCAGACCCAGAGCUUCCUGUAGAAUCACUCACAGUCCUGAAGAGCCACCUGCUCCAAAAGAGUUUUGGAAUUAACUUUAAGCAUUUUUGAGUUAAUUCAAAGUGUUUUGGAGUUAACUGAUAGCAUUUUUAGAUAACUCAGCCUUUUUGGCAGUUUACCCACAAUUCCCUCUGUCCAUGAGCCCCUGGAUCUGCAGCCUUAUCUAAAGGAAAAAAACAUUAAUUACCAAAAGCUAAACUAAACAAGUGAGUUUUUAGUCUAGACUUAAAGAUUGAGACUGUGUCUGAGUCCUGAACAUAUUCGGGAAGAUUAUUCCAGAGUUGUGCUGAACACAUCAAGAGUUAAUUACUUGAAUUUCUUGUCUCUUAAUAAAGUGUUUGAGAGCAUCAGUUAAAGUAAAGUAGUGAAGAGGUAGAGUUACAGGUAUACAGUGAAUAGUGAAUAUUUGAGUAAUGUUCGAAUCCAGAUUAUGAGAAGCAAGAAAUACUUGAAUAAAUAAAGAAAAAGUACUUUAAGAAAUGAGAAGUAUCCCUCUCAAGUAAGUGCUGUCACCGCAACGACCAUUAAAAAAACGUGAUGAUGGAACUGGCUCUCAUCAGGACCGCCUCAGGAAAGGAAGAGCAAGAGUUUCCUCUGUUGUACAGGAUAAGUUUAUCAGAGUUACCAGCCUCAGAAACUACAGGUUAACAAACAGCUCCCCAGAUAAGAGCAUCUAAAUGCUUCUUCACAGAGUAUUUUUUUGGUUUGUUUAACACUUUUUAAGUUACUAUAUGAUUCCAUAUGUGAUCCUUCAUAGUCUGGAUCACUAAAAAAUGGCUGUUUGAAUGUAUAGGCUGUUAGAAGAUCACUGCUAAAGCUCUGGCUCUGCAGGACUGUGAGUGAAAAUGCUGAAGGUCCAAAAUCUUAUUAUGGCUCCACCUUUUGUCUCCAUUGUCUCCAGCGGCGCUUGGGCCCCGUACGUCAUACGUCUCCGCUCUGGGAGGGGGGAUGGGGAGGGGGGGGCAGGUUUUGUAUGUGUAAUGGAUUGUAUAUAUGUACAUGUGUGCACUGAAGGACGUCCCCCUGCUGUUAUAGCGAAACCUUUUGUUAGAGUAUUUUUAUUUCUAUUAUUUAUUGUGGCUUGAUUGACACACGAGUGUGUAUUAAUGAUGAGUAUGAAUAGAUAGAGUGUGUGUGUGUGUGUGCGUGUGUGUGGGGGAGCUGCUGCUGGCUUUGAGAUGGACUAGUUGCAGAACGUGUGUGUGUGUGUGUGUGUGUUUUUGAACUGAUCAGAGAACUUGUCCUGUUGAAACUUGAACGCGAGUUGUGUUACUGUGAGUGAGUGUGUGUUGAAGUGUGUGUGUGUGAGUGUGUGUAUAGUUUUGAUGAGCGCUCCACUGAUUUAAAUAUGAAUAUGUUUUGAAUAUGUAAAAUAGGAAUCUAAGCGCUUGCCUUUGAUGGUACUGAAGGGCUGGAUGUGGAUGUGUUAGGAGGUCGUGCCUCACUCUGCUCUAUCUCUCUCUGUAAUUUUGCAGUAGAUUAGUUUAAUCUAAAGCAGGGGUGUCCAAACUUUUUUUGUUGGGGGCCAGAAGGAGAAAUAUAUUUGAAGUCACGGGCCACAGACUCUGUAAUAAAACAAAUAAUGAAAUAUACCACUUUAAAUAAUACAUUUUCCUGAUUACUUUUAUUUACACACCAUUUUACUUGACUUACUAUCUUUAUCUCUGACAGUGUUGUGUAAACUAAGAUUUUUCAAAUUGAUGUUUAUUUUCAUGAUGUCUCUUAAUAUUAAACUCCUUAAUUACGGCAACUUUGGCCCGUUUUUCUGCGCUAGAAAUGCGCACUCUCUCCGCUUUUAGACUCUUUGGCCCGUUUUUCUGCACUUAAACUGCACACCCUCUCCGCUUUUAGACUCUUUGGCCCGUUUUUCUGCACUAAAACUGCGCACCCUCUCCGCUUUUAGACUCUUUGGCCCGUUUUUCUGCGCUAGAACUGCGCACUCUCUCCGCUUUUAGACUCUUUGACCUGUUUUUCUGCGCUAGAAAUGCGCACUCUCUCCGCUUUUAGACUCUUUGGCCCGUUUCUGACACCUAGCGUUUAAACUUCGAAUCUCACAUUAUAAAAACCUGCUUAACAGCGGGCCAACUUUCAUUCUAUUUCUAAAAUACCUCGCGGGCCGCUCCAAAAACGGAAACAGGCCGCAAAUGGCCCGGGGGCUGUAGUUUGGACACCCCUGAUCUAAAGGGAAAGUCCACUGAUAUUUCAAAAUUCAUGAAUAAUUCAAUGGUUAAACACAGUUUUUCAGAGUGGGUUUGGUGUGAAAUGCUGUUUUAAUGGAAUUUAUUAUGGUAGAAAUCUUCACAGUGGUGGUGAAUGGAACCAGUUUACUUCAAAAUAUCAAUAAAGCUGUUUUAAAGCUACAGUAGAUACAGUGUCAAGAAGAAAAAAAUAUGUGAACCCUUUGAAUAUGAAUAAAUGACUAGAUAACAUUGUAAAGCAGGACUCUUUCCCUUAAGAGAAAAUAAAAAAAAAUCGACCUCAUUCAUCAAUAAGUUUUAAAGAAUUAUUGAAAUUAUUUUUAAAAAGAGAGAAAUAAAAGACUAGAGAUCUUGUCAUGAUAUCACAAUUUAUCACAAGUUUAUUCCUAAAACCAAUUCACACAAAGAUUCUAAUAUUUACAGAAGUUUUCUCAUUUGAGAUUUGGGAUUUGUUAACUGUAUGAGGAAAAUAUUGACACAUCAUUAUAGGAGUUGCUGUAAAAGCUGGAUUUGUGCACAACGCUCCUGCAUGGCUAAGAUAGGAUUGGCCGGCUAACUGUUGACUGUUGUCGGGGUUUUAAUCAGUCAGUGGCGCACCUGUAUUUCCACCAAGAUAGAAGCACACCAGAAAUUUACCUGAACACACCUCACUUCCAGACCAUAAUAGAAAUGUGUAACUCAUGUCCCCACUAAUGUAAAGAUGUCAGAGUCCGUCUGUAAAACCUAUUCACACAAAGAUUCUAAUAUUUACAGGAGUUUUCUUAUUUGAGAUUUGGGAUUUGUUAACUGUAUGAGGAAAAUAUUGACGCAUCAUUAUAAGAGAUGUCAGCACAUUAAAAACACGUCAUAAAUCUGACCUAAACUCUUUACAAGGACUUUACUUUAAGAACAAAGACUAUUAAAAUUUAUAAAUAAAAAAUAAAAUAAAUAAUAUAAAAUAAAUAAAUAAAAAAAACUUAGACAGAAGAAUUCCUGCAUUUUCUUUUUCUUUUUUCUCUUUAUCUUUUUAAAUUUGGCUAAAUGAUUUUCUGUUCUUUUAUUUGGAAUUUGCUUUGUUUAUAAGGAAAAUAUUAAUGCAUCAUUAUAAGAGUUAUGAGAAAUCAAGAGCUAUGAACAUUAAAAUAUAUUAAUAUAUAAUAAUUCCUUGCCUCACAGCUUAAAGUUUUCACAAAGAAUGAAGGAGAUGAGUGAUCCCUCUAAAUAUACAGCAGGAAUAAUUCAAAAAAAAAAUUUUUAUGAUCUAAAUUUACCAGUUUCUGACCUAUUCACGAUUUUCUGACUAAGUUUGUUAAAUAAAAUGUCAUUAAAUAAAGAUGUGAAAAAGCUUGCCUUACCUGUCUCAAAAUGUGCAAAAGGCAUGAACUAAAUUCUCUUAAUGAAUCAUGGGUGUGAUUAGGUUUUGGGCGUAACGUGAAAUAAACCAAUCAAUGUGCCACUCGUCAUUCCCUUUAAGAGCCGGGUGAGCUCUGACUUUGGCGCGUUCGUAUCUUAACAGCGUGGUGCUUUUGUGUGAAGAUACACCAGCAGCUAAUUUAAGGGAACAGCAUUGUUAUUUUAUUCUUUUAUCAUUCCUGCAUGCCUAAGAUAAUAUUGGCCGACUGACUGUUGACUGUUGUCAGGGUUUUAAUCAAUUAGUGGCGCACCUGUAUUUCCCACCGGCAAGAUAGCAACACAGCAGAAAUUUACCUGAACACACCUCACUUCCAGACCAUAAUAGAAAUGUGUAACUCAUGUCACCACUACUGUAAAUAUAUCUGUAAAGAGUCCUUCUGUAAAGCAUUUCACACCAAACCCACUCUGACUGGCAGUGUUUUACACCUCAGUCACUAGAUAAAGCUGAUUUUCUUUUUGUAUUAGCUCCAUAAACAGUAUAUUAAUAUAUUUAUUCACACACUAAGAUGGACAAACUCAUCUGUCACUUUGAGUUCAGAAUGUCUGUUUCUGUUAGUAGGAUCUACAGUAUAUUGCUUCUUUUCUGAUCAAACCAACUGCAAACAAGCACUGCUGCAUGAUAUAUAUAUUUCUGUAUCUGUUCAUAAAUACACGUUUCACCCAAUAAGAAUCCUGUAUUACAGUAACAUUGACUUAUCUGUCUUAUCUAUUACUCCUGCUGCUGGUGUUAUACUGAACCCACUCAAGCUCUGCAGUUCUUUCACAACCACCAGUUCAUCCUCCAGACCAGUCUGAUCUGUUUAAGUAGUUUCAGCAUGUUCCCAUCUUAGAUUCAGCUUCAUCAUUCUUCUAGUUUAGCAGGGCUCCAGACUAACUAAUAAAAAUAGCACGUGGCACACUUGCGAUUAAAGCUUUUUUGGUAUAGAGAAUUUGUGUGUUGUAAAUUUUAUUAUAAGCAGUCUCUGCAGUAGUUGUGGUUGGAGGAUUGCCAUGUCAGUCAACUGCGGAACUUCAAAAGUGGCAACAGUAAUCAGUGGCCCAGGAAACUGUGCCACUCACUGGCAAAUAGCAGAACUGUGCUUUAAGAACAAGGUGAAAGGACGGGUAAGUGAUUUUCAGCUCAGGACUGUGUUGAGACAAUUCUGGGAUGAUUGUGAAAAGAGUUUGUCAGGUCUGGAGCCCUGCAAUCUAGACGUCUUGUGUUUUAAAUUCCAGUCUCUUCAUGUUAGAGAGUAAUGAGUGAAAGGUGAAAUAUUAAUAAAGUUCUCAUUGUAGUUGUC